CCCUCGAUACUCGCACUUUUUAUCACUUGCCUUACUCUUCCAGUUUUCUCUCAACAUUAUCCUUUCAUUCUCUUCAUCGUAUCAGUUUGCAUGGCUGAUGGAUAGCUCUUCCAUCGCCACCCACCACCACCACCAAUGCAUCAUCAAAUUCAAGUCUUCUCGCCUUUGGCUUCAAAACCUUUACCUUCUCUCAACAUCAUCUUCUUAUCUUCCACUCCUACACGCCGUCGUUUACUCAAGAUUCAUCCUCGCAGCAGAAACUCCAAUCUCAAACAGCUUACCUCUCGCGUCGUUCAACUCACUCGUCGAAGACAACUCCAGCAGAUUUUUGAGGAAAUUGAGGUUGCCAAAACACGCUUUGGGAAGUUAAACAAGAUUGUUAUGAAUGCGGUGAUGGAAGCCUGUGUGCACUGCGGCAAUAUUGAUUCUGCACUUCGAUUGUUUGAAGAGAUGUCUAAGCCAGGAAGUUCUGGAGUGGAUGGUGUCACAUACGGUACACUGUUAAAGGGAUUGGGAGAGGCGCGACGAAUUGAUGAAGCAUUUCAGAUACUUGAAUCCCUAGAACAAGGUUCUGCUAAGGGAAAUGUAAAAUUGUCGGCGCCGAUCGUUGUUGGUCUCUUAAAUGCUAUUAUUGAGGCAGGAGAUCUACGCCGUGCUAAUGGUUUUCUUGCACGUUAUGGCUUUUUGCUUCGGGAAGGCGGCAGUGCUCCUGUCUUGAUAUACAACUUACUAAUGAAGGGAUAUAUAAAUGCUGGAUGUCCUCAAGCUGCUGUGGCUAUGCGGAAUGAGAUAUUACAAUUAGGGUUAACCCCUGAUAGGCUCACCUAUAAUACUCUAAUUCUUGCAUGUGUGAAGUCUAAAAGUUUGGAUGCUGCUAUGAGUUUUUUUGAGGAAAUGAAGGAUGAGGCACGACAAUCAAACAAUGUUAAUCUUUAUCCAGAUGUUGUCACCUACACUACUUUACUUAAGGGUUUUGGAAAUGCGAAGGAUCUGGGCUCGGUGAAGAUGAUUGUGUUGGAAAUGAAAUUGCAUCACACUUUAUUUAUUGAUCGCACUGGAUUUACUGCUAUGGUUGAUGCACUACUAAAUUCUGGUUCAAUUAAAGGUGCUCUUUGUAUAUUUGGAGAAAUUAUAAAGCGUGCUGGGGUUAAUCCAGAUCUCAGACCAAAGCCUCAUCUUUAUCUAUCCAUGAUGCGUGCUUUUGCUGUUCAAGGAGAUUACAGUAUGGUAAAAAAUCUGCACAAACGCCUGUGGCCAGAUUCAACGGGUACUAUUUCUCCAGCAAUUCAACAGGAAGCUGAUCAUCUUCUCAUGGAGGCUGCUUUGAAUGGUGGUCAGGUGGAUGCAGCUUUAGAAAAUCUCAGAAAGAUUAUACCAAGAUGGAACGGCAUAUCUUGGACAAGUCGAGGAGGCAUGGUUGCUGUGCGGAUAGAGGCCUUAUUGGGAUUCAGAAAGUCAAUUUUCAGUCCUUACCUCCUUCCUCAGAUUUCGUCAAGUGAACCAAUUGAAACCAUCAUGACACCAUUAGAAGAAGCUCAGCCACUACUUGGCACCCUGGAAUUAAAGAAAGUGGUUAUGCGCUUCUUUAGGGAUGAAGUUGUGCCUAUUAUGGAUGACUGGGGCAACUGCAUUGGCCUAUUGCAUCGGGAAGACUGCACUGAGUUGAAUGCCACACUUGCAACAAUGAUGAGAAGCCCGCCUCCUUGCGUGACAACCAUGACAUCUAUUGGCCAUGUGGUUGAUCUAAUUUUGGAUAAGAAGUAUAGAAUGGUUGUAGUUAUAAAAUAUAGCAAUUUAGAUAGUAUUACAUACUCAAGUUCUAGAGCCGUUGGAGUUUUUACAGCUGAAAAAUUGUAUAAACUGGCUAAACCUGUAUCAGAGCUGUUCGUCAGAGAACAAGGCUUUUGCAGAAGACAGUGUAAAAACCUUAUUAUGUAAUCAUAUUUUAUGAUUCAGAUUAAAAUGAAAUCAAUGUGAUGCGUGUUUAUGCACACUUGGCA